GCGUAACUGUGUAACUUAUCCGGUAAGUUAGUGCGGUAAUGCGAAGAGCAAGCUGUUUGUGUGAAGUUGCGAAGCUCGCCGGCCAGUGGCGCUGCGCAGUCCCGUGGUGCGCGCGCGACUCAGACAGAGAAGUGCGCGAGCGAGCGAGCGAGCGAGCGGUGUCGCGCGGGCACUCCUCAGCUCGCCGACGACGGGUUUUCUGCUCCGCUGGUGGAUUUGUUACAUUUCUGAGGAAAAAAAGCGUGGUUUGACGAAGGAAAUAUAUAACAUUUACACAGAACUGGAGUCGUUCCCUCUAGGGUGUGACUUUGCUGGAGUUGGACAGCACCGACGCGACGGAGGGUUUCGCCAGAGCAAGUUUGUCACGUUUUUACUUCCAUGAAGAAGGGAUACAUUGACAAAUUUUAAGAUGACCUGGAAGAACAGCUGUAUUGGUCCCUUCAGACUAUAGCUGACAACUUUCUCCGAUUGGCUGUUGUCGCUCAGAAUGAAGAUGCUCUACAGAGCCAUGCUGCUGGAAACUUGCAUGUGGAUGUUGACCUUUGUGGGUCUUGGCCUGGGGGCAUGUUCUACAAUGAAAAGCAUGGCUGUAGACUUCACAGUCACUUACCCUAUACCCUACUUCAAGGCAGAGGGUUCUAUACAGAACAUAGUGGCUCACCCAUUCUUCCAAGAGGUCUAUGUGGCCUCUAGGAAUCGGAUCGAGGCUAUAAAUUCCAGCCUGAUUAAGACCUGGGAGCUCUACACUGGCCCUGUGAGGUCUAUAGGUGAUUCUGACAUCAACCUCAAUGUGUCUGAGGAUACUGAUAACCAAGUCUUACUCAUAGAUCCCCAAGAAGAGCCUCCGCAUUUAUAUUCCUGUGGGAGUUCCCAGCAUGGAGUAUGUCACUCCUAUGAACUUCAAGUGGACAGACAACCACCAGCUAUUUCAAAUUACCUUUUUAGAAAGGAGUCUAACUCAGCGGACCUCUGCUUAGACUGCAUAGCCAGUCCUCUCGGCACCAAAGUCACCAUUGUGCAGGAUGGGCACACAUCCUACUUCUAUGUGGCAGCAACCAUUGACGAGCAAAUUGCCAAGAGGUAUGGUAGACAGUCCAUAUCAGUGCGAAGGCCACUGGCAACCAAAGAUGGAUUUGAGCAGCCUGUACCGGGACUGAGUGUUCUACCUGCCCUGCUGAACUCAUACCGCAUCGACUACAUCUACACUUUUACCACAGAGCAAUUUGUGUACUUUGUGUCAGUACAGCGGGAGACACCGGAGCAGAAGCUCUCCCCAUUCCAAACACGCCUUGGCCGUCUACCACGGAGUGACCUGGAGAUAUGGAUGUAUCGGGAGAUAGUUCUGGAGUGUGGCUUCAAGCGCAAGAGGAGGAAGAGAAGCAGGGGAGAUCGUGACAUUCUGUACAAUACAAUUCAGGCAGCACACUUUGCCAAGGCUGGCAAGGAAUUAGCAGGCGAGCUGGGCAUAGAAGCAUCUGAUGAUGUCCUAUAUGGGGUGUUUGCAGUGGCCAGUGCCUCUGGUGAGGUGUACAAUGAAUCUGCACUUUGUGCCUUUCCAAUAAACAGUGUCAACAAAGCCAUUGAGGCUGGUGUAGAGGCUUGCUGUCAGCUGGGCACUAAACGCCUCUCACGGGGCCUGUGCCACUUCCAGUCCUGUAGGAACUGUCCUCAUGAGAGCUUGGAGAACAACACUGCCUGUAAGGACCAGCCCACUAUGGUGUCCAUGCCUUUCAGCAGGUUGGACUUUUUUGAUGGACAGAUGCAGAAUGUCCUGCUAACAUCUUUGCUGGUUACCACCAUUGGGACCAAGACUGUGGCACACAUGGGAACCAAGGAUGGGCGGCUACUUCAGGUGGUUCUAAGAAGAUCAAGCCCAAUUAUCUUUGCCAACUUCUCACUGGCAGAGAACCAGAAGGUGUCCCCAAUAGCAUAUGUUUACUCAGAAGAGUCCCUCCUCUUUGUGGUUGGAAACAAGAUGUUCAGUGUGCCCCCAAAAGGCCCUGGCUGCCGUCACUUCCUUUCAUGUAGCCAUUGUCUGAGCUCCCCCAAAUUCAUGGGGUGUGGUUGGUGUUCUGGAACUUGUUCCUGGGAGGGGGAGUGUGGCCUGGAGUGGAGGAACACAUCCUGUUCACCUGUCAUUACUGAUUUUUUCCCAAAGCUGGCACCUCCCAAUGGCACAACAGAAGUGACCCUCUGUGGCUGGGAAUUUCAGUCUACCUCACAGACCAUUAGCCCAGCAACUCACCAGGUUACAUUGGGAGAGACGGUUUGUGAAGUGCUCCCUCAGAAGAGCAACAGAACUCAGCUGACAUGUAAGAUAGGCACUGGUCCUUCUGACCUGUCUCAGCCUGUACCCAUUACUGUGGAUGUGCAUGAAAAGAACACUGAAGGAUCUUUCUUUAUUGAUGGAAAAGUUCAAAUACAUGGAUUCACCUUUGUGGAGCCGCAGAUCACAAAAGUUGUUCCUGAUUAUGGGCCAUAUGUUGGGGGAACUCUGAUCACAGUGACAGGGCUCUAUCUGAAUGCUGGGAACACGAGGAGAGUCUCUCUCGGUGACAAGCCAUGCCAGAUCAUAAGUGAAUCAGCAGUCAUGGAGAACUUCACGUGCUUGUCACAGCCUGUGCUUUCCCCAAGAGAUGCACCUCUGCAAGUAUUCAUCGAUCAGACCCUGGUGUUCCCCACCAAGAUAUUCAACUAUAAGCAGAAGCCUGUAAUCACAGAUGUCCUCCCAAGGUGCAGCUUCAGGCGUGGAUCCAAGAUUGUCAUUAAAGGCUACCAUCUGGACUCUGUUUAUAAAAGUAUCAUCCAGUUUGAGCCUAGCACCAAAUUUUUUAAAGCUGUUCAAAGAGAGUGUGUGGGCCAAAUGAAUCCAACACAGCUGGAGUGCUGGACCCCUGCUAUCCCUGGAGAUGACUUUUCCGAGGGUACGUUAUCCGUGGAUAUGGAUGGAGCUCGUAGAGUCUGGGAGCAUGAGUUCUCCUACUACCCUAAAGCUGAACCCUUCCACUUUGACCAGGAUGGCAACACUCUGCACCUGCCUUCUACUGCUGAAGAAGUGGCUGUAUCUCACAGCAGACUGAACCAUGUGAGUUCAUGUAUGAAAAUCAUCAUGACAGUGGGAGGAGUGGAAUGUAAUGUUAAAAUCCUGGACAACAAAAUCACCUGCAGGAUCCCUAAGAAUUUGACUGUGCCUAGGGAAGGUCUAACUGUGAGGGUGUCUGUCAAUGGAGAUGUGUAUGACGUGGGCAAGGUGGUAAUUACCCCUCACAAUGGUGUGAUAGGCAUUGUCCUGGGCAUCCUUUUUGCACUGGUUGUGGGAGCCUUGAUGACCUUCCUCAUCAUGAAACAGAUGAGGAAAAAGAAAAAAGCGGAAAUGGUGGAACACCGCCUCUCACAUCCUCUUAACUACAAUCAGAGCACCAGCAGCUCUUCAGACAGGUUGCCUAUGGGGGACUACAGACAUGAACUAUUCCUAAACCCUUCAAGCAUCAUUGCAUCAGGGAGCCUAUCUGGAAUGUCUCAGACCAACAGCUGGGAUACUUCACUUAUCCCACUCAUGCGUCGUGAGAUGAUCUCUAUUUCCUCUCUCCGCCCCGAGCUACUGGAGGAGGUGAAAGAUGUUUUGAUUCCUGAAAAGGCACUCAGUGUGCAUUACCACCAGAUCAUCGGCAGGGGUCACUUUGGGACAGUGUAUCAUGGCUCUUUCACAGAUGAGAACAACCAAAUAAUCCACUGCGCUGUAAAGUCAUUAAACAGGAUCACAGACAUGGAGGAGGUGGAACAGUUCCUGAAGGAGGGCAUCCUGAUGAAAGCAUUUCACCACACCAAUGUGCUCUCCUUGUUGGGCAUCCUGAUGCCCCAAGAAGGGCUCCCUCUUGUUGUGCUGCCCUUCAUGAAACAUGGAGACCUGAGGCAGUUUAUUCGAUGUGAGAAGAGGAAUCCUACUGUAAAGGAUCUCAUUGGAUUUGGGCUGCAGGUGGCCAAGGGCAUGGAGUACUUGGCCCAGAAGAAAUUUGUGCACCGAGACUUGGCAGCAAGGAACUGCAUGCUGGAUGAGUCAUACACGGUGAAGGUGGCAGAUUUUGGCAUGGCCCGGGAUGUCUUUGGCAAAGAGUACUACAGCGUUCACGAUCACAAGAAAGCAAAGCUGCCAGUCAAGUGGAUAGCUGUUGAGAGUUUGCAGACCCAGAAGUUCACAACCAAAUCUGAUGUGUGGUCCUUUGGAGUUUUGAUGUGGGAGCUGCUAACCAGAGGAGCAAGUCCCUACCCUGAUAUUGACCCCUAUGAUAUCAUUCCUUACCUCUGUAAAGGGCGCAGGCUUCUCCAGCCUGAAUUUUGCCCCGACCCCAUGUAUGCGGUCAUGGUCCAGUGUUGGGACCCUGUGCCAGAGAGGAGGCCCACUUUUGCCAGCCUUGUUUCUGACAUCAGCAACAUAUUGGAUGGGCUUGAGGGAGAGCAUUACAUCAGCCUGAAAGUCACCUAUGUCAACCUGGACGUGCCACAUCCAUAUCCUGCUUUCACAGACUCCAGCCACACCUGUGAUUCCCCCACCACCGACAGUUUAUGCUCCAACCCAAUGUGAGUGAUCCACACAGCCACAAUGGUCAUCAGCACCUAACAAGUCCCCCAGUUUUACCACAAAGGAGACAAGAUGUAAUCUUGUUGUUACUGGGACUCGUGUGAUGGCACUUGAGUCUUUUUGCGUGUCAGGUGUGUUCAUGGGAAGGGGGUGAGGCAGCAAAAGUUGCACUGUAAAACAGCUUAAUUUCUGUGAAGAUCAAAUCAAUCCUCAAGAUGUUUUAAGCUUAUCUAUAGUAUAUACUUCUGUACAUGGUGUACUUUUUAUGCUUACAAAAAGUAUUUAGAAUUGAAUGUACUUCUCAAAUUAAAAAUAAUGGUGAACUUUCUUUUACUCCCAUCUUAGCACUCCAUGUAUUUUGAACUGGUGUAUUUUUGAACUGAUGCAGUCUGCUGCAUUUUACUUCCUUAAUUUAAAGCAUUCAAAAAAUGUACUUUUGUCUUUUUACGGCUUUUCGUUCAUUACAUUUAAAAUGUUCAAAUAGCA